GAUACAUGUACCUGUUGUAGGUAAGGACUGUGGAAAAGAACUAAUGGGAAUCAUCUCACCGCCUUAAUUUCUCGUGCCAAAAAGUUGCUCCCCAAUCGCUGCGUGGCUUCAGCGGCUGCCCCUCCACCGGCCUUUGCCUUUGCCUUAGGUAGUCUCCCUCCAUCCUUCUCCAGUCUCCUCCAGAGCCCAGAGGGAAAGUAGUGCCCCCUUUUUCCCAUUAGCUCACCUUAACUGCAACGUUGAAGUGGGAAUAUCUUUUCUAGCCUACCUUGCCUCUGCUUCCACCUCCUUUAUAAACCUCCCCAUUCCCUCCCAUCUCUCUCCAAACCCUUACACUCGCUAGCAUACUACGUGUGUCGAUUCGUGACCUCGUUUGCGCGCAUCGUUUCUACAGAUUGUCCUUUGCCUUGUCUGUAAUAUCUUAUACCGCCUCUAAUCAUCAUGUCUUCAAACGGUACUCAGGAGGCCCCCAUUGAGGUCCGCCGCAUCUGCUGUGUUGGUGCUGGUUACGUUGGUGGCCCUACCGCUGCUGUCGUCGCUUUCCAGAACCCGAACAUUCAGGUUACUGUCGUCGACCGAGACACCACCCGCAUUCGCCGUUGGAACUCCCGCCACCCCCCUAUCUACGAGCCCGGUCUGCACGAUAUCGUCCGAAUUGCCCGUGAUGGUGGCCGACCUACCAAGAUCUCCAAUGAGCCUACCACUGAUAGUGAGGGUUCCUCUGCUGAGGACGGCGAGAUCGCCGUUGCUGAGCGCAAGCCCAACCUGUUCUUCUCCACCGACAUUGCCAAGCACAUUAGCGAGGCCGAUAUUGUCCUGGUUGCCGUUAACACUCCCACCAAGUACCGUGGUGUUGGUGCCGGCAGCGCCACUGAUAUGACCGCUUUCGAGGCUGUCACCGGCGUCGUUGCUCAGUACGCCCGCGAGGGUGCCAUCAUUGUCGAGAAGUCGACUGUUCCUUGCCGAACUGCCCAGCUUGUCGCUGAUACUCUUAACAUGCACCGCCCUGGUGUCCAUUUCGAGAUUCUCUCCAACCCCGAGUUCUUGGCUGCCGGUACCGCCGUCAACGAUCUCCUCUACCCUGACCGUAUCCUGAUCGGUUCUGCUCCUACCCCCUCCGGUAAGCGAGCUGCCGAGGCUCUCGUCAAGGUUUACAACGCCUGGAUUCCUCGCGAGCGCAUUCUGACCACCAACGUCUGGUCUUCCGAGCUCGCUAAGCUUGUUGCCAACUCUAUGCUGGCUCAGCGUAUCUCCUCCAUCAACUCCAUCUCCGCUGUUUGCGAGCAGACUGGCGCUGAUGUCGACGAGGUCGCCCGUGCUGUCGGUGUUGACCCCCGUAUUGGUAACAAGUUCUUGAUGGCUGGUAUUGGUUUCGGUGGCAGUUGCUUCAAGAAGGAUGUUCUCAACCUCGUCUACCUUGCUGAGACCAUGGGUCUUCCCGAGGUCGCUGAGUACUGGCGCCAGGUUGUCAAGAUGAACGAGUAUGCCCGUGACCGUUUCUCCAACCGUGUCAUCAAGUGCCUCAACAACACCCUCGUUGGCAAGAAGGUUACCAUUCUUGGCUUUGCUUUCAAGAAGAACACCUCCGAUACCCGUGAGGCUCCCGCUCUUGAGAUGAUCAAGACCCUUCUUGAGGAGCGCCCCCGUGAGGUGGCUGUCUUCGAUCCCUGCUGUAACCCUCUGGUUAUCAAGGCUGAGAUCAAGGAGCUCCUCGGACCCCUCGCUGAAGGACACAACAUCACUGUCCACGGCAAUGCCUACGAUGCUUGCGAGUCCAGUACCGCCAUCAUCAUUGCUACUGAGUUCGACGAGUUCCGCAACCAGCCUCCUCCCCCUCCCGCCCCUACACCUGCCGUCCAAUCCAAGACCAUUGGCCGCAAGCCCAACCCCAAGGCCGACCCUCGUCCUUUCGAGAGCGCCACCCCCAGUGCCAACGAGCUCCUCGCUCUCCACAAGCACCUUGUCCAACGUGCUGAUGUCCAGUCCCAUGACCCUCUGGACCGCUUCAACGUCGAGCCCAGCUGUGAAGACGACUGCCCCGACUGCAUCCAGGAGCGUGAGAGCAAGGACAAUGGCUUCGCCACAGGAAUGGGAAGCUCUGAGGAGUACAAGCCCAAGGAGCGUGUUGACUGGGUCCGCAUUUCUGAGAGCAUGGCCAAGCCCCGCUGGGUCUUUGAUGGCCGUGGUGUCAUCGAUUCUCGAGAGAUGGUCAAGCUUGGCGUUCGCGUCGAGAGUGUUGGUCGCCAGCACCGCUUCUAAAUGUCUCACCUGAUUUUGAGACAGACACAAUUUUUUCGACGGCCGACUUUUAGAUUUCUUGAUUGUAUGAAUUCGUCGACUGUUGGCUAAGAUUAUACCGUUUUUAAUAAGCAUGAAAUGACAUAUGGACGUGGUUGAUGAUACACGCCGAGAUACAUUGGAAGGACAGGGCGGAUGCACGGCGUGAACAGGUGAAGAGGUUUACUGGACAUAGAUUUAGAUUCGAAGAUGUUAAAAAUGCGAUGCGAGAGCAAUGUUUCCGUUA